AGUCAAUUGAUUGAUUCACGAAGGCGCGAAAAAGUCAUCGAUACACACACACAGCCAUACAUGUGGGUGGCUGGCUGCGCUCACAAAUACCGCACAGACCAACCGCCCCACUCACUCAGUCACUCACCACGCACACACUGUGAGUGUCAUCUCAUGCACCGAUCACUCGUGUCGUUCAGCUGUCUGUCUGUCUGUCUGUCUGCCUGUCUGUGUGUUAGCCACAAAUAUAUAUCAGAUUCUACCUACCAUCAGCUGACUGCACCACGCACAAACGCACACAUCAAUCACAUGUAUGUAUCACCCACCCAGCACUGCACUAACCUCAUCCCCGACACACCACCACACAAUCACACAAUCACACGAUAGAGAGGCGCUCCUCUCAUCCAUCCAUCCAUCCAUCCAUCUGGCAAGGCAAGGCAGCUACAGCAUGACACUGAGCGCACGUUGUCGAUAGACAGACACGGCGCAUUAUCCAUCCCUCUCUCUCUGCUCUCUCUAUCCCUCUCUCUCUCUUUGGUCCGAAAAACGCAACUCACCAUGCCAAUGGCUCACCACGCUGGCAGCAUCCAUCACACGCCCUUCCUCUCUGCUGAUGGGCCGCCGUCUGUGGAGUGGCCAAGUAAUGGUGACAAUGUGAGGAAUGGCCACACACUGCCGGCAUCUCUCGGGCACACCACACGCAGAGGCUGCACCAGCGGCGGACAACCAAAGAAACGUCUACCCAUCAGACACCGCUGCUGGCGAGACCUGCGACCAGCGACCAGCUCCGCUUCCUCUAGAUCUAGACAUUGGGGAGCAGCCCACAGUGCCACCCCACCCCCCUCUCCCUCUCCCCGUGCCGUAUCCUGUCGAGCAGCCCCCGGUUGAAGUGCUUGAACUCAACCGCAAACACGUAGUUGUGCAGCAGCAUCACCAACGCGGGAGACUUAUGGGAGAACUCCCGGUACUGCUCGUCGGUCAUCCACUCGCGAGCAGCGGCCAGCACGGGGGGCAGCUCGAAGCGCAGGCCCUUGAGGCCCAUGUGGUGGAGGAUGCUGCCGACGACGGCGUCGACCUCCUCCUCGGUCAUGUGCUCGCGGACGAGGGGGAUGAGCUUCUCCUCUUCCUCGGCAAAGUGCUCUUCCAUCAAAGGCACCAGCUGCUGGAUCAGAUUGAUCACGAUGUGACGCACCUUGAUCUGCACAGACGCGCGAAGGGCAGGCAGGGGGUAAGGGACACCCAUGUGGUGGCUUGGUGUGUGGUGUGUGGUGUGCUUGGUAGGUAGCUACCUUGUCAUGGUCGUUGCUGGCUUUGUGGAAGUCCUUCUCGGCGGUGAGGAUCUGAUCCAAUAUGCCCAUCAUCGUCUGACACACACACACACACACACACAGAGGAGAUGCAUGUGUGCGUUCUCGUUCUCUCUCUCUCUCUCUCUCUCUCUCUGUGUGUGUGUGUGUGUGUUUCUCACUCGCUGACCUCAUGGUCGGAUGAGAGUGUGGCUGGAAGUUCGCUGGCGCCGACCUUCUUGGCCAGCUGGGGAAAGAAGAUCUUCUCCUCGUUGGCAUGGUGCCCGUGAAUGAUCGGGUAGAAAUACGUCCGAUACCACCUGCAGCCACGCAGCCACGUACACACACAGACACACACAGACGCAUCCGUACAGGGCCACAUCACAGGCCAUUUGAUUGCAGUCCUGAGUGCCACCCCAGACAGACCUGAAGAAGAGUUUCAUCUUCCACAGGUGUGAGGCCUCUGCCUUGAGGUACGGCACACACGACGACAUCUCGAGCAACUCACGACGAAGCGCCUCGUGCGGGAUCAGCAUCGACUGCAGGCACCAACCACACACACACAACACACACACAACACAACGAGCCGAUGUAGCCAGUGCACGUGUGAGCGAAAGGCGGAUGAGUUGCUGACCAUAUCGGCGUAGUCGCGGGCCUCCCUGACGACGGUGGAGGUCAGUUUGCUGUGGGUGCGCGGAGGGGACGGGUGGGAGAUAUUGGACACCGACAGUGGACCGGGCUGAGAGGGGUCUGAUGGCGAACUGGCGGUUUCCUCGACCAUGUUACUCGCCUCUCGUUGUCAACUGAGCGUU